UGGUAACCCUCCGUAAUCUCCCUACAAGUCUAGCCCCAGGCAGAUUAUGGUAUCCUCGGCUAUUAACUCAUGGCCUGAACAUUUCUCAGCCACCAGCCAGUCUCCGUUCAUACAUAUCUCAUAUCCCCUGACCCUCGAAAAGCGCCCCAAUACUGCAUACCGUCGCUACAUAUAACGCCCCUAACGUUGUCCUAUAAUCAUUUAUUCAUUGGACCCGAACAUUACAACAAGUGCAUUGACCUGGAUCGCUGACCAUAUAUCAUUGUCCUGUGAAGUCGUAUUCUGCCAGUGGCGUAGGACAAGCACAAACGCUAUUCCCUUUUCCUUCCCUCCACCGCGUCACUAUCUUCCCUAGCACCCAUAUUGCCUGCCGCUCCUGACAUCAUGUCCUUCUCUAACCUCGUCUCUGAUCUCGCAUUCAGAGAUACUCACGAUGACCGAAGUUCUCAGAUAUCCCAUGUACGAUCGCAAGCCACCGCACGAUCGUAUACAAGCACAGCUGCGACAAGCGUCAGCAUAUCUGGUGACAUCUCCAGUCAGCUGCAUUCCGGCUACAGCCAUCCAUUGAGUAGAUCAUGGCAGGCUGAAAGACAGUUGACCAAGGAAAUGCUUAUUUAUCCUCUCUUCAUCACCGAUAAUCCCGACGAGGAGACUCCCAUUCCGUCUCUCCCUGGCCAGUAUCGUCGAGGAAUAAAUCGUCUAGUUCCUUUCAUCAAGCCACUUGUCCAUAAAGGGCUACGGUCAGUCAUUCUGUUUGGCGUCCCACUACACCCCUCUGCGAAGGAUGCACUAGGUACCGCUGCAGACGACCCAUCUGGACCGGUAAUUCAAGCUAUUCGCCUGCUUAGGUCGCGGUUUCCUCAACUUUAUAUUGUGACAGAUGUUUGCCUUUGCGAGUAUACUUCUCAUGGCCAUUGUGGGAUACUGCGAGAAGAUGGGACUCUUGACAACACGCAGUCCGUGGAUCGGAUCUCGGAUGUUGCUCUGGCUUAUGCCGCUGCCGGAGCUCAUUGUGUCGCUCCGUCUGAUAUGAAUGAUGGGCGAGUGCGUGCUAUCAAACUGAAGCUUAUUGAGGCCGGGAUGGCCCACCGUGUCCUUUUGAUGUCCUACAGCGCCAAAUUUAGUGGUUGUCUGUACGGCCCUUUCCGUGAUGCAGCGGGGUCCUGCCCAUCAUUUGGGGAUCGCAGAUGCUACCAGUUACCACCGGGAGGCCGUGGACUCGCUCGGCGCGCUAUACAGAGGGACAUAGGCGAAGGGGCAGACAUCAUCAUGGUAAAGCCGGCGAGUAGCUACCUGGACAUUAUCAGAGACGCAAAAGAACUCGCCAAAGACAUUCCGAUUGCUGCUUACCAAGUCAGCGGUGAGUAUGCUAUGAUACAUGCUGGCGCCAAGGCGGGCGUGUUUGACUUGAAAUCAAUGGCCUUUGAAAGUACUGAAGGGAUUAUAAGGGCUGGUGCUGGAAUUAUAGUAAGCUAUUUCGUGCCUGAUUUUUUAGAUUGGCUUUAGGCAUGACUUGGUUGGAUAAAGCAUGAUGAAAGCAUCCAAAGGAUGGAUAGCCAGCUGGAUAGCAGUGACGCGGUGUUUGAAUCAUACCUAUUGCAGUAGAAGUCCUUAGUAUCUCGUUGGCAUUCUCUAAAUUGCUUAUUUAACGUAAUGCCAUGCCACGUGUAUAUAUUGCUUAUUUUUUUUUUCUCACAAGGAUACAUCAGCUGAUGGUGUCAAGUGCCCACUUCUAUAUGGAUACAAGAAUACUAAUUCCUCCAAAGCAUGCGGGCGAGAGAUGAGUAGAUAAGUAGC